AUGGAUUUUACUACGAACCGUGCCGAGUUUGACGCCGUUCUGCAGUAUUUGAUUGACGAGAUGACCGGCUAUUUCAAGCAAAUUGGCCUCCCAUCAGAUGCCAUCAAACACGUCCAAGAGUCUUUCGAUACUAAUGUGCGAAACGGGAAACUCUUCCGGGGCCUAUCGGUGCCCGAAACCGGAUACAUACUACUAGAAAGACCCCUGUCGGUCGAUGAAUUUCACGACCUCAGCAUUCUCGGCUGGCUCGUCGAGAUGCUGCAAGCCUAUCUCCUUGUCCUAGACGAUAUCAUAGAUGGGUCCAUAACGCGCAGAAACCAAAUCUGUUGGUAUCGACGGCCAGAAGUUGGGCUCACUGCCAUUAACGAUGCCUGUCUCAUCAAAUCGGCGGUCUUUUUCCUCCUGAAGAACCACUUUCGAACUCAUCCAUCUUACCUGCAGAUGCUGGAGAGCUUUAAUGAAAUCACUAUUCUAACGGAGAGCGGACAGGAAGCAGACGCCAUUGCAUCGCGAGAAAAAUGUCCUGGAAAUUGGACCUUAGAUCAAUACCGACAUAUAACGCUCCUCAAGGGGGGAUACUACUGUUUCUAUCUGUCGGUGCUUCUGGGGCUUCAGUAUUUGAACCUCGCGACGCCACUCAAUAUGCGAGAAGCCGAGGCCAUUCUGAUCCCACUGGGCCAAUUCUACCAGUUCCAGAAUGACUUUCUGGAUAUCUUCGGGCACACUUCUCGCACGGGCAAGGUCGGCACCGAUAUCCAGGCAAAUAAGUGUUCUUGGGUUGUGAUCCAAGCGCUGCGUAUCUGUCAGGACGAUCGGCACGAUACCAUGCUCGAGAAAUACGGUCGUCCGGAGCACAAGGCAGCUGCUGAGGUGGACGAGAUCUUUCAAUCUUUGCCAUUGGCACGGUUGUAUGAAAGAGAGGCAGAGGAGGUUUUGGGUGGUCUGCGAAAGAAAAUCACCAAUGUCAAUGAGAGCGAGGGACUGCGCAAGGGCAUUUUUGAGCUACUGACCAGCAUGGUCCAUAGGUUGCCGAAUUGA